GCCUAAUGCAAUAUAUAACUAAUAAAACCGUUCAAUCUCACUCAGUCUUACUAUAGUUGAAAAGUUAAAGCUGCACUUCUUCAUGCCACAACUCGUUUUCUUGCUAUUUGACUAAUUCUACCUAAGCUUCUUGCUCGAUACCUACUUUUUAUUGUUUGCAUCGCUUAUCUCCUAACCUAGACAGUUACCUACCUAUCACUACCUACUACCCCUUUGCCGAUCGUGAUUAACACCGCUUUCCCGAACCCGUGAAAUUUAGGGGUGCUCGGGCCCGGCCCGACGGGUACACCCGAACAAACAAGCAUGGCGGUAGCCCUUAGUCAACCGCCAAGACACAUCAUCAUUAGCACCGUCGCGUUCAUUCUCGUAGCGUGUUUCGUGCUGCUCACGCCGACGCCGCCGCCGCGGUCGACACCAUACCAUACCCCGGCGUCAUCAAGGAUCGACCGGUCGUCGCCCGCCGAAGUCAAUCGUGUGGCCAACGGGACCCUGGGGUUCGAGAAGAUCUUCGUCGUGGGCCUCCCGGAGCGCAGCGAUAAGCGCGAUGCUAUUGCGCUUACGAGCACGCUGACGGGGUUCGCGGUCGAUUGGGUCGAUGGCGUUAGAGGGGAGUCGGUGCCGGAUAAGGCGGUCCCGUUUGGUGCCGAUAGGAACAAGUUGUGGGAGACGAACUUGGGGAGUUGGAGGGGACAUAUGAAUGCUAUUCGCAGGAUCGUGGAAGAAGACCUUGGAUCGGCUCUCAUCAUGGAGGAUGACAUGGAUUGGGACGUACGGCUUAAGCCCCAGCUAGAAAGAAUCGCUCAAGGCGCCAGGGCUCUUCUCUCCUCCGCCUCGAAUCCCAGCUCUCCCUACGGCGACGAUUGGGAUCUCAUGUGGCUCGGCCACUGCGGCGAAGUCUUCCCCGAGACGCUCGAUGAAAACAAGGAGAAACCCGCCGACGACGCUGGCAUCCGAUACAUGUCGCGCAAAUUCGUCAUCGAGAACGACUCCACGGUGCCUCCCCGAGACAGAGUCACCGGCCUCGUCGACUUCAAAAGCCACCCCGCGUUUACCCGCUGGGUCCACAUCACCGGCGCCCCCAUCUGCACGUUCGCAUACGCGCUUUCGCAGACGGGAGCCCGGAAGGUCCUCCUAGACCUAUCCGUCGACCACCUAACCGGGCCUUUCGACAACGCCCUCGCCGGCCUCUGCCGCCGCGCCGUCUCAACGUGGGGCAUCCAAGACCCCGCGGAAGCCGGCGACCGCGGGCUCGACGCGAAAUGCAUCAGCGUAACGCCGCCCGUGUUCUUCCACCACAAGGCCCGCGGUCUUGUGAACGCCGACAGCGACAUCCAGACCGUCCAGGACGGGCAGAUUCGCGAGAAGGGCAGCACCGAGAAUAUCGUCUGGAGCGCGAGGAAUAAUAUUAAAAACAUGGUUAUGGGGACUCAGAUGGAGAGUCAGUAUGAAUAGAAAGGAGUUCGACUGCAUAUAUAUAUAUAUAUAUAUAUAUAUAUUGGGACGGAAUGAUACCUACCUCAAUUCGAAUUAUGAGGGCUAUAAACGACGGCGUUGGUGGGAUUCGGCAAAUUGAGAACGUGGCUCCUAGUACAGAUAACUCCGAGUACCUGUGGUAACUAAUAUAAAUUAUACGGGUUGGAGCCAAGUCUGCUUCUUCUAACUAUACCGUAUGGGCU